GGCGACAGCAGCCGAGAAGCUCCCACUUGUUGCUGAGCAGGAGCCGCGAUCGGUCAGCUGACGGCGGAGGUCUGCUCCAUCUUCACUUUACCAUCCUCACAUCUGUCCGUAGACCUGCACCCGGAGUCUCUGCACCCCCCCACCCCAGCCCGGCUCCUGUCUCACCCCUCCUGUCUCACCCCCGCAGCCCGAACCAGCCGCCCCCGCUCAGGAUCGCACCGCUGCUGCCUGUCUUACGGCUCUCAGGAAGUCCGGUUUGAUGUCUGGGUCAGUCCUCUAUCCAUGGCCGUGUGGACGCAUCAGUCUGGUCUGUGGACUCCUCCUCCUGGCCUCCUCACCGCUCCUCACCACAGGCCGACAGACCAACUGCACUCACCCUCUGGUGCCAGAACAUGGAGGUUUCCGCUGUGAUCCGUCUCCAUGUCGAGGUUUCCCCCACAAGAGCUCCAUCCAUUUCUUCUGUGAGCCCGGAUACCACAUCAACAACAAGGUCCGCGUCUCCAGGUGCCGCCACGGGAGGUGGCAAACUCCCAUACCUACCUGCAUCCCUAUCAAAGACGGUCCUAACAUGAACUCUGAUGACAGAGUGAAUGACUCGAUGCCCAGCAUGGCCACAACAGCAGUGGGCGUGUCCAUCUUCCUGCUCACCACGACUGCCUGUCUGGUCGUCAAGUCCCGCCUCUACCCCUGUCAAUCACACAGCAGCCGUCGCUCGUCAGACCAGCUGGACCUGAUGGUAGACGGACUUCCUGUCUCUCUGCCCUCCUACGAGGAGGCGGUGUAUGGCAGCUGGGGGCAGCGCAUCCCCGCCUGCUCGGUGCCCGGACCCACCCAGCUCCUGUUGGCUCAGGAGGCUCCGAGCUGUCACCAGUCACCUCAGUCAGAUGGCAGUCACCGCCCGCUCCUGUCCAGCCAAAGCCCUGACAACCCCCCACCCCCUUACGAGGAGGUCCAGUCAACACAUCCCCGGGACAGGAUGAGUGACGGCGACGUCCGGCAGCUACAUGUUGCACUUUCUGAUGACAAGGACGCCUGAGUGACAGACUGUGGGGUUCAUAUGCAACAUGCAGGGUGUAAUUGUUUAGCAAUGAAGGCACGAUUUUGAUUGACAGCUAAUUGCUGCAGUGCAGUGUUUUCUCUGCAGAUGAUAACAGCAAAAUGAUGGCUGAAAAAAACACGGACUGACUCCUGUGCUGCCUGCACUUUUUCCUGGUUGGCUGCAGCUCACCAGCAUCAGGACGUUCUGUCCUAUCACACGCUAUUUUAGACGAAGAUUAUAAGCUCUGAUUGGCCAGUUGUUACGUCACAAAAACCUGACUGUGGAGGACUAGAGUACAUUUAUAAAUAAAAUGUUGAUUGUAUAGUGUGUUGUAUGAAUGUAUGUGGCAGGAGAGUUGUGUCUUCAGGAAAAAAAACCUUCUUUUUACUGCGAUAACAAUGCAUUUCAUUGUUUAAAAACCUUUUUAUUUAAAUGAGAUUGUAAUUAUUCAGUUUAAAUAUAGAAUAAUGAGGUUUUUACAGGACAGUGGUGAGAUAAAAGUGUAAGUGCCUGUUUGUGUGUGUGUGCGUGUGUGUGUGUUUUCAGUGUUGUUCUGGAGACGUCGUCCAUCCUUCCCGUCAGUGACGGGGCUGAUCUAGGCUUCCUUUCGUGAAGUCAGUGGCGUGCUGUUGCAGAAACCUGUGUGUUUCCAUGGCAACCCACCCAAUUCCAUUUCUAUCUGAGAAUUUUGAACAGCGUUUCUCUCUGAGUCAAGUUGGACUGUGGUUGUUGUGGAUCUGAAGCCAGCGUGGCGCACAGACACUCGGGUACAAGAUGGUGACUUUGUGAAACUCAGUUUGGACCAACAGCGUGUUGUGGUGUUGAUUUUGUGUAAAGCGGAUAUUUUAAAGACCUGAAAAUGUUUGGAAACCAAACAGUCUGUAAAAGUGUUUCUCCUGUGUUCAUUUAUUGGUGAGAGAAAACAAAUAAUAUUAAUAUUUAUGUACAGUAAAAAGAAUCUUUCUGUUUACUGACAUUAAAUAAUUUUACCUUUAUUUGCACUGGUGGCCUCGGUGCAGAACACAGGUGCUUUUAACCAAAUAACAGUUUUCAUUCCACAACCUGCAACCCCAGAUGUUUGGACCAAAUCCCCCAAAUAACCUGAAACCCAUCAAUGGUCAAUCAUUGAUUUGAGACUGUGUCUUUCCUUCACCUGGCUGGUUCCUCUCUGUCACUCUCUGCAGAGUGACUGGCGCCUUCACAGACCUUGAAUGUAUUUUAUGUUUUAUUUUGUGCCAACAAAUUAUAAACUAUUAUAUGGAUUGUAAUACUUGCAUAAAGAUUAUUUGUACAUUGUAUUAUUGCACAGAAUUAUAAUGAAUAAAUGUUAAGAUGUUUCUUUGCUUGA